UACAGAGAAGAAGAAGAAGAAAAAGCAGAAAGUGGACACGAAAGAAAUGCACAAAGUGAAGGAGUACGAGAACUUGAAGCGAGAGCUUGAAAAUGGUGAGCUCACUCAAAAAGGCUUUGAUGUCAAAGUAAAAAAGCUCCUGGUGGCAGAAGAAACAGGUGCAGCAGAGGCCUUUGGCAAAGCCAAAAAGCUACUGCAGCCUGAAGUUUAAAAAAAAAGCAGUUUCCUCUUUGUGAGAAACUUUUGGACCAUGGGAAAUCUUUAGUGAAGAUAAGAAUGGCUCCCAUGGAGUGGAAGCCUAGAAUUCAGAAAAGGUCUGGACGCUACCAAAAAUUAACAAUGGAGGAAACUCCUCCCCGACUCAUUCUAAAAGGCCAUGAAACAUAUGAUGACCUGGUCAACACAGGCAAAAAUAGUUUCAGGCCAGAUGAAAUUGAAGGGAGUGAGUUCACCCUCUGCCAUGUUGAUGGGACCAGGUGGACCAAAGAGGACUUCCACCAAGAAUUUCAAACUGUGACAGAUAUUACAACUCCAUGGAAAAGGACCUUGUAUAUUGGCCGGAGAGAUAUAGAAGUCGUGUGUUUAGGAGAUGGAAGUUGCACCUCAGAUGAAAUCCCUGAAACUGGAGUGAAUGAUUGUGAAAGUGGUGAUUUAGAUGAAAUCCCUGAAACUGGUGUGGCUCAGGAUAAGGAUUUCCAUCCUGAACCGCCAAGCUCUGAAGAGUUCCGAUCAGUGAGGGCAAGAAAAAAAAGCCAAUCACAGGUAGUAGGGUCAUCUACAGGUGGAGCUGUAGGCAGAGCAGCCCCAGGUGAAAAGACAGCAGUGGAGGGAGAUGCAGUUAGUGGACAUGGGAUGAAUCACCCUGAAUCAUCCCUGACCCUGGCUCCCAAUUUACCAUCAUUGUAUCUGCCACGUGUUCCAUAUGUGGACAGGACAAUGAUAAAAUAUAAUGAGGAUGAUCCACUGGGGGAAGGAACCUUAGGUAAGGUUUAUAGAGGCUCCUUUCAGGGUACUCCAGCAGCAGUAAAGAAGAUCGCACUCAGCUCUGGAGGAACAGACAGCAGAGACAUACAACACGAGAUAAACGUGUCCCUGAGGCUGUCUCAUCCCAACAUUGUCAGGCUUAUGGCAGUAGCCCGCACGGAGUCCUGCUAUUUGUUGGCGACAGAGUAUGUACAUGGAGCAAGCCUGGAAUAAGGGAGCCGGAUCCUCCCCUGGUGCUCGAGGGGGAUGAUGGCAGCUUCGUUGCAUUGGACCUGUCAAUGGCCGUAGAGUACAUUCAUAAUCAAAGGAUAAUUCACCAAGAUAUAAAGCCAGCAAAUGUCAUGGUCCACCACCCAUCCAAGAAGGCUGUCCUUACAGACUGGGGCCUGGCUAAUAUCCGAGACACGGUGAUGCUGCGUAAAGGCAGACGAUUUACAACAGAGGCUGUUGGGCCAACUGGUGGGACAUAUCUUUACAAGGCCCCCGAAUGUCUUUUGAACUUUGAACAGGCCUCCUGGCAGACCGACAUGUGGUCCCUGGGAGUCACAUUUCUCGAGCUGCUCACAGGGUCUGUUCCGUGGGUGGUGAAGAAGCAGCGAGAACUCGCUGCACUAUUGGCCAUUAAGACCCCACCACAUACUCUCGCACAUCUGGGUGAGAGGUACAGGUACCUGUCUGGCUUGGUGGACUAUGACGCCUCCUCAAGGCCAACAGCAUCCGAUGUGGUCCAGUUAAUAAGGUCAGGACUUGACCUUUCCAGCCGAUAUGGCUUUCGUUGGUAGUUAUCCAAAAAAGUGAUUUCGGUUGAUCCAUUGUUACCCACGUUCUUGUAUAUAUUUUUCUUGUGUUCUAUUUUAAGUCAAAAGGUAAAAUUUAAUUUUUCAUUUUCAAUUAAAUGUAAAUAAUAAAGAUGUUCUCAGUCUACAGUUAAUUUCCCAAAAAUGUGAUUUCCGGUGAUCCAUUGUAACCCACGUUUUUGUAUACAUUUUUUUGUGUUCUGCUUUAAAUCAAGGUCAAAUUUCAUUUUUCAUUAACAAUGCAUUUCUAA